AUGGCGCAGCCCAGACUGAGCCAACGCGAGGUAUUUUCGCGACUGGCUGCGUCCGGCGGCAUGUGUGGCCCAAAGCGUCACCGCACUUCAAAUCUCCAGCGCUCUCUCUCCCUCCAGGAGCAGAACCAGCGUGUGACGCAGAUCCAAGGCGCUAGCCGCGGCCACGGCGCCGAAGUUAUGAGGUAG